AUGGACCCACAGGCUUUUUACGGCAAAAGAAAUAAAAUAGAGAUGCGUCCUCGACGAACAAUCGUCGUAAUUCCAGAGAGCAGCGAGGAUGAAAAUGUAUCAGAUGAUGAGACUUACAGUACUCAAGAUCCUUUACAUAUAAAUGAAGAAAAAGAAAAGUCUUCCUCGGACGGAGAAGAUGAAGAAGGAAAAGAGGAACUGGACCAGCUAUUUCCUGAGUGCACUGAAGAGCAUAUGGAAACGUUAGAAAAUUUUACAGACAAUCAACCUUCUACUUCACAGGCAGCUUCUUCAAGUAAGAAAGAAAAGAAAGAUAAGUUGGUGUGGUCGGAUGACAAUCUUCAGUACGAUGAAUCCAAUAUUGCUUUUUUGGGAUCUGAAAAUCUUCCAGAUGAAAUAAUGCAGCUAAAUACUCCAAUGGAGUUUUUCAAAUUUCUUUUUCCGUCAUCUGCUGUAAAUUUAAUUGAGGAAGAAAGCAACGUAUACGCAGCACAAAUUUUCCCCGAAAACUUGAAUUCAGUGACACAUAAAGACAUUUAUAAAUUUAUUGGUAUUAUUAUCUACAUGUCGGUAGUACACCUGCCAACUACUCGUCAUUACUGGAAGGAGGGUACAUAUGUUGAAAAAGUUGCAAAUGUUAUGACGUGCAAUAAAUUCGAAGAGAUUAAAAGAUUUCUGCAUUUUUUCGACAAAACAAAAGAACUAAAACCAUAUGACCCGCAGUUUGAUAGACUUCAGAAAAUACACCCACUUAUGAAAAUCCUACGCGAAAGACUGCUAAAAGUGCCGAAAGAGGAAUUUUUGUCUAUUGACGAACAGAUGAUCCCUACUAAGGCCCGAACUUCAGGAAUCAGACAGUACAAUGCAAAGAAACCCCAUAAGUGGGGUUAUUUGAAUUACGUAUUAAGCGGAGUCAGUGGAUUUAGUUACGACUUUGAAUUAUUCGGAGGAAAAUACCCAGCACCGCCUGAAAACUGUCCCGAUCUUGGAGUGCCAGGAAAUGUGGUUCAAAGACUAUUGAAGACUGUCUCGGACAAUUUGAACCAUAAGAUUUUUGUCGAUAACUGGUACACAAGUUUGCAGCUAAUGGCAAACUUACACAAAAAAGGUAUUCUGCCAUUAGGCACAGUACAACUGAGAAGAGCUCCAAAUAUAAAUAUAAAUAAAAAAGCUUUAGAAAAGAAAGAACGAGGUUAUUACUCCGAAAAAAGGGUUGCUGUUGAUAACGUUAAGCUAUCAGUUACCAGUUGGGUCGACAAUAAAGCAGUCAGUUUGUGUUCAUCCUAUGUAGGCAAGGAACCAAUGGGAGUUGUGAAAAGAUAUUCCAAAAAACAUAAGCGUAGAGUUGAUGUUUCUUGCCCAAAAGCAGUAUCAAUUUAUAAUAAAUACAUGGGCGGUGUCGAUUUACUAGAUGCCAUGUUAGGCUUCUAUAGGAUCAAAAUCCGCAGUAAAAAAUGA